CCACAAUGGUACAGCCAGCAUCACGAUGCACAAUGGUCUCCAGACAGUAAAAGAGGGUGAUUCAGCAAGGCGCCGUCCCUCUCGUUUCUUCCUCCUCCUUUCCUCCCCGCGCGUCCUUUCCGGCUUCUCCUCGCUUUGUGCGCCUCCGCCGCUUUGAUCCCGGGCAUUCCGAUUGUUUCGUGCGCCCCCCACCCUCUCCCACGCAACUCCCACCUUGGUCCAGGUCUCCUGGCUGCCACCUGCCCAUCAACCUCUCCAGAUCUCCCUCCCUCCGACCACCAUCACCACCCACCCUCCUUCCUCGUUUGGCUACCCCACCACCACCUACCUACCUACCCACCGAUCUUCUCCUGCGCUUUGGGAAUGUGGUUUCCAAUGACCACCUAAGGUCGCGCGGCGCUAGGGGGAAGAGGUUGCUGCGUUCAAGAGGCUAGUCCGCAGCACGGAACGGUGUGAAACUGGGGAUUCAAGCCCUCCCUGCAUUGCCUUUUCUCUGAGCUCCAGAUGAAGCGGAGACUUUGCAGACAAGAGCACCUAAGGAGGGAGAGCGGCAGCAGGAGGAGUUGGCGUUCAGCUGCAGAGCUUCAAGUCUUCCCAUCCAUAGGUGGCCAAGCACCAGCAUUUUAAAGGUCUCCAUCUCCCUUUCCUGCCUUUAGACACUAAGGUAUUUAUGAGCCGCCAUUUCUUAUACUACUGCAGUGAACCUACCCUGGAUGUGAAGAUUGCCUUUUGUCAGGUGUGUGUUCCUUACAGGUAAAACAAGGGAUUUGGGAAACAAGUGGAUGUGUCAUAUAUUGCCAAAUAUUACAACAUGAGUAAAAGCAAAGUUGACAACCAGUUCUACAGCGUGGAAGUGGGUGACUCGACCUUCACAGUUCUCAAGCGCUACCAGAACUUGAAACCAAUCGGCUCUGGGGCUCAGGGAAUAGUUUGUGCUGCAUAUGAUGCUGUUCUCGACAGAAAUGUGGCCAUUAAGAAGCUCAGCAGGCCGUUUCAAAAUCAGACACAUGCGAAGCGAGCUUACAGGGAGCUAGUCCUCAUGAAGUGUGUGAAUCACAAAAAUAUUAUCAGUUUAUUAAAUGUCUUCACACCACAGAAAUCUCUGGAGGAGUUCCAGGAUGUGUAUUUAGUAAUGGAGCUGAUGGAUGCCAACUUGUGCCAGGUGAUUCAGAUGGAGCUGGACCACGAGCGAAUGUCUUACCUGCUCUACCAAAUGCUCUGCGGCAUCAAGCACCUUCACUCUGCAGGAAUCAUUCACAGGGAUUUAAAACCAAGUAAUAUUGUGGUAAAAUCUGACUGCACAUUGAAGAUCCUGGAUUUUGGACUGGCCAGGACCGCAGGCACUAGCUUCAUGAUGACUCCUUAUGUGGUCACACGUUAUUACAGAGCACCGGAGGUCAUCUUGGGAAUGGGCUACAAGGAGAAUGUGGAUAUAUGGUCAGUAGGAUGCAUUAUGGGAGAAAUGGUGCGCCACAAAAUCCUCUUUCCAGGAAGGGAUUAUAUUGACCAGUGGAAUAAGGUAAUUGAACAGCUCGGAACCCCCUGCCCAGAAUUCAUGAAGAAACUCCAGCCCACAGUGCGGAACUAUGUGGAAAACCGACCUAAAUACGCCGGCCUCACUUUCCCCAAACUCUUCCCAGACUCUCUCUUCCCAGCCGAUUCAGAACACAACAAACUCAAAGCUAGCCAAGCCAGGGACCUUUUGUCAAAGAUGCUAGUGAUUGACCCAGCCAAACGGAUAUCAGUGGAUGAAGCCUUACAGCAUCCGUACAUUAAUGUCUGGUAUGACCCAGCAGAAGUGGAGGCGCCACCUCCACAGAUAUACGAUAAGCAGCUGGAUGAAAGAGAACACACAAUCGAAGAGUGGAAAGAAUUAAUCUACAAGGAAGUAAUGAAUUCUGAAGAAAAGACUAAAAAUGGUGUAGUAAAAGGACAGCCUUCUCCCUCAGGUGCAGCAGUGAACAGCAGCGAAAGCCUCCCUCCAUCCUCAUCCAUCAAUGACAUUUCCUCCAUGUCCACAGACCAGACCCUGGCGUCGGACACUGACAGCAGUUUGGAAGCUUCUGCAGGGCCCCUCGGUUGUUGCAGGUGACUAGCCGCCUGCCUGCGAAACCCGACGUUCUUCAGGAGAUGAUGUAAUUUAGGGGAGGGGGGGAAGAAUCAUUGUGGUCAUAAAAGAAUUCGAUGAUGGCAAGGAAGAGAAAAAAAAUUAAAGGAAAAACAAACACACAUAACGAUUAAAUAAAACAAAACCCUUUCAGCCUGCUUCUCUUAAAAGAGUUAUGUAAAUGCAGCUAAGCUCAAGUGUAUAUUUAACUUAAUAGUUGCUCUGCUUUGGUCUUCUUCCAAUGAUGCUUACUGCAAAACGAGAAAAAAAGGGGAAAAGGAGCCUUUUUUCAUAAAUUUUGCAAAACUUUAAUGGCUGCAAAACCAGCAAGCUGCAACUGUCCUUUUUCACGUUGGCAUGACAAGGUGGCCAGAACCCCAAACCUUUAUGUGUAUACAUGUGUGCAUAUCUAACCCUUUCUGCUUCUGUUUUCAGCAGAUGUACAGAAAACUGCACAUGUAUCUCGGUGUACAUACAUGCAAAUAUGCAUUUGAGGAUAUAUAUGCAGCUGUGUGUGUACAUGUAUCUAAAGAGCAGGAGUCCGUAUGUGUGCACACAGCCCGCAAGUAGACAACUGAACCUCCUGGGGGGUUUUUUAAAUGCAAAUUUCAUCUGUAAUAUAAUUCUCAUUGUACAGCCUGUUUAGUUGGUCCUUGGGUUAAUUUAAAUAAGUAGGGAAAAAGUCAAACCGAAGCUCUCUCAGAAUCUUGAUGAUGUAGAGUCCUAUAUUUCAGCACUGUUUUUAAUAGCGGUUUGUUUGGAGGAAUAAUAGAGGAAGGAAGUUCAUUGGGAUUGUCCUUGUUAAAUGCUGAUGGAUUUCGAGUUGUUGUUGUUUGAAUGAAUAUGUAUGUUGAGCUAGGGGAGUUGUCAGGAGAGAGGCCUGUUUGUGAGGAUGCAGGAUUCUGGACUAGAUGAUUCUCUUGGAACACAAGGGGCUUCUUGGGCACCAUAUUUCCAGGAACUUCCACUGCCAUGUGUCACUGCAUUCAUUUUUUAGAUAAAGGCUGUAAGAAAUGGAUCAAACUGGGUUGGCCAGGGUCAAGCAGAGGUUGGCAAGUAGUUCCCUAAAUGAGGGGAAGUCAGCUUGUAGAAGUUCUGCGAGAGCCAGUGUGGUGUAGUGGUUCAGAGCGGUAGACUCAUAAUCUGGGGAACCAGGUUCGCGUUUUCGCUCCUCCACAUGCAGCUGCUGGGUGACCUUGGGCUAGUCACACUUCUCUGAAGUCUCUCAGCCCCACUCACCUCACAGAGUAUUUGUUGUGGGGGAGGAAGGGAAAGGAGAAUGUUAGCCGCUUUGAAACUCCUUCAGGUAGUGAUAAAGCGGGAUAUCAAAUCCAAACUCUUCUUCUUCAUCAUCUGAUAUGGUCCUGGGCAUCUAUUAGGUGAGAAAGGUUGUAGACUUCUUCUUUUGUAGUAGAACUCAUGCUGAUGUUGGGGAGCUGGCUCCUGAAUCAAGGCAGAAGUGAAAGAUGAAUGAUAUUGAGUGGAGGCAAAUAGAACACCUACGUUUGUUGUUCCCAAACCCUAUCAUUUAUUUGGUCACGAUGAAGGACCUCAAGGUGGUCGCCAUCUGGAAGACCUUCACUAGAGAGAGAUUCUCCAUAACCAGAAUUGUUGCUUAUUGGCAGAUAGGCUUCUCAUUGGGAUGGCCUCUCUGUGCAUGUAGAAUGCUCCAGUUGGAGCGACAAGGCAAGGGAGUCAGAUUAAAAGAAAGGGGUGUUUCUAAUGUAUAUUUAUUACGUGUAUAGCUGUUUAGUGCAUCAAAGAAAGCAGGUUUGGAGCAGCACCAACCUAGGCUGCGAACAACUCCAACUCUCUCUUUAAAAAAAAAAAUUGCAUCUUAACCAUUCCCAACAUUAAUUGGAAGGACAAUGAACGGCUAGCUGCUUUCAGCUUUACAAUUUCCUUCUUUGCUACCUUUUCAUUGCAACACAUAAUCUGAAAAUUCCCUAGGCCUACACCAAAAGUGGUUACACAAGCAGUGACCUGAACUCGUCCCCAACCCCCGCUCCCCCCGGAAAUCAGAUAUACAGAUUCUACAGAAACUUGUGUGCCUGAAUGGAUGGUGACCCAACAUUUUUUUUUUUUUUUUUUUGAGAAUCUGAGGUGUCAUGUACUACACUAUGUUGAAAUUUGUCCAGGAGACCAGGAGUCAAAACUUUAGGGAUAAACCUCUAAGAGUCAGCCUUUAUGCCAUAAUCAAAUGGCACAAAAUACAAACACAACUCUUAACAUUUAUUUUUGGUCAGAUGUGAAACCAGCCAUUCCUAACAUGGUUGAAUAGUGUGAAACUAAACUAAUUCUUUUUUUAAAUUUUUUUUAAAGCAAGUGCUAAUAAUGUUUUCAUGAAGGCAAAUAAAUAAACAGAUGUAUAAAAAACCAACAACCCGCAGUGGCCACAAUCUAACCCCUUUGAGUGACACCAGCUAGACCAGUCAUGGCCAAACUUGGCCCUCCAGCUGUUUUGGGACUACAGUUCCCAUCGUCCCUGACCACUGGUCCUGUUAGCUAGGGAUGAUAGGAGUUGUAGUCCCAAAACAGCUGGAGGGCCAAGUUUGGCCAUGCCUGGCCUAGACUGAAGCACACAUUCUUUCUCUUCUGAAAGGUGGCCAUAAACAAAUUUAGAAGCGUAUCCUUCCUGAAAUUGUUAUGACCAGACAAUUUCAUUUCCACUUAUUAAAUAAAGAUGUAGGGCAGGUAGAAUUUUCCUUAAAUAAAAAGGAAUAGAACACUUUUCGUUAGUGCAGUAUGUAUAGCAGCAAUAAGCAAAAAGUCACUACUGCAAAAAAUAAUAAUAACUAAAUAAAAAUAAAUAGCAAUAUAGGGGGCAAUCUAUCAAUUGCUGCCGGCGCAUCACAGUUGCCACAUGCGUCUUCCAUUGAAAUGGAAGCCACAAAGCAGCUUUGAUUGAUUUCCCGCGUAUUCUUUCUGAAAGCCAUGAAACGAUAUCAGUGUGUGGCACUAACCUUAACUCAGCCCACAUGAAAUCCCAAUGCACAAGAAAUGGCAGUACUUUAAUGGGACACAGUAGUGCACUGAGGAUGCCACGAAGGCAAUAACAGAGAAAUGGCGCUCUAAGCAAUAAUGGCAAUAAUGGCAUCUGCUAGCUGUGUAUUUUGUUGCCCAGAUAUAAUGGGCAGUU